CGGGAAUUUGAUUCAUUUUUAAAACAUCGCUGUCCGACCUGUGUCAGCUCGUCGCCAGAAUCUCCCUCUGUCCUUUUUCCCCUAUCUCUCGCUUUGCUUUUUAUUCCCUCGCCACCAGAGAGAUACUUCGCCCCCAAACAAAGACCAUUGUCAACAUUCCUUUUCAGCUCUUCUCGCCCCAUUCACUAUCGGAAAGAGAACGAGCAAAAUCAAGACAAAUACGAGAUACUACUUUUUAUCCCUUCAAUUUCGGGUGUUGACGUUUUCCAAUAAUAAACAUCAGCCUCGUUCGCUCCGGACACCACCACAACAGCAUCACCAUGGAUGCUCCUGUGGCUCUCAAUCGAGCUGCUCUUAAUGAGUUUGUCACCCGCCCAGUAUCACGAGAGAUGGUGGCCUAUCUGGCUCAGCAAGCUUCGCUGGUCAUCCGCUGCGAGACGCAUGUGACCUCUGCCGUUAGCCGUCAUGGUCAGCCUACGCCUCCAAGCACACCUCCACUGGAUGGCUUGCCUCCUCUGCCAUCGCUUGAGACAUUCAUCAUCUCGCUCGUCACUCGGUCUCAGGUCCAGGUUCCUACGCUGAUGACCUCCUUGGUCUACCUGGCUCGACUGCGCGCCCGCUUGCCGCCUGUCGCCAAGGGCAUGCGUUGCACUGUCCAUCGGAUCUUCCUUGCGUCGCUCAUCCUGGCGGCAAAGAACCUGAAUGACUCGAGCCCCAAGAACAAGCACUGGGCCCGCUACACGGCCGUCAAAGGCUACGAUGGCUUCUCCUUCUCGCUGCCAGAGGUGAAUCUGAUGGAACGUCAGCUGCUGUUUCUCCUCGACUGGGACACUCGUGUUACCGAAGACGACCUUUUUCUACAUCUCGAGCCGUUUCUAGCCCCUAUUCGCCAGCGAUUUGAGGCGCAAGAGCGCGAGGCAGAGCUGAGACGCCAGCAACAGCAACAGCAGCAACACUACCGCGAAUGGCGCCGCCUCCAUACAUCGGCAGAGCUCCUUGCUAACCGUCUGCGUCGCCAGAAGGUCGAGGGGCGUGCAGACGCUCGCCGCAGCAUGGUCGAGGGCGGCUCGCCUCGCAAGCGUCUUACCAACCACGUCUCCUCGUCCAGCCUCGGGGGCUCCCCGCAAUCCGUCGAGGGUGAGCGGUACACUCCCUACAAUCCUCACCACCACCAGCGCCAGCGCACGUCGCCAUACCGGUCUGGCCGAUCUAUCUCUCCACCAUCCGUCAACGAUGUCCCCUGCCUCUCUCGCGCAGAGACUUUCAAUUCAUUGAGCUCCCGUUCCUCCAGUGUUGCUCCCAGCUCGCGCGGCACUCCAGCCAGCAUCAGCACCUCCUGCUCUUCGACCAGCAUGGACGAAGUCGUCGUAGCGGACGCUGCCAACAGCCCUUCUACUUCUAGUCUGGGCUACAGCUAUGUCAACAUACCCGCGGUCCAGGCAGACCCAAAGCAGUCUUUCAACGACUUCCACGAACAUCGUCACCACCAGCAGCCCAACAAGAAGAUGAGAAUGGCCAGCAACAACGGCAGCACCGGCUUUGUCGCCCGGUUCUUGGCGUCUGCCGCGGGCUACCACAUGGGCGGUCGUCACGGGCGUGUCUAAUUUCGUUCUUUCACUAUCAUUCAGUCGAGCAGGUCUCGAUUCUACCAAGGAAAACAUAAUAGGAAAUACCCACUAGAGCUUCGUUCUCCCCUACUGUCGUUGUUCCCUUCUAUUUACCUCCUUUUGUUCAA